GAAGAAGAAGAAGAAGAAGAAGAAGAAGAAGAAGAAGAAGAAGAAGAAGAAGAAGAAGAAGAAGAAGAAGAAGAAGAAGAAGAAGAAGAAGAAGAAGAAGAAGAAGAAGAAGAAGAAGAAGAAGAAGAAGAAGAAGAAGAAGAAGAAGAAGAAGAAGAAGAAGAAGAAGAAGAAGAAGAAGAAGAAGAAGAAGAAGAAGAAGAAGAAGAAGAAGAAGAAGAAGAAGAAGAAGAAGAAGAAGAAGAAGAAGAAGAAGAAGAAGAAGAAGAAGAAGAAGAAGAAGAAGAAGAAGAAGAAGAAGAAGAAGAAGAAGAAGAAGAAGAAGAAGAAGAAGAAGAAGAAGAAGAAGAAGAAGAAGAAGAAGAAGAAGAAGAAGAAGAAGAAGAAGAAGAAGAAGAAGAAGAAGAAGAAGAAGAAGAAGAAGAAGAAGAAGAAGAAGAAGAAGAAGAAGAAGAAGAAGAAGAAGAAGAAGAAGAAGAAGAAGAAGAAGAAGAAGAAGAAGAAGAAGAAGAAGAAGAAGAAGAAGAAGAAGAAGAAGAAGAAGAAGAAGAAGAAGAAGAAGAAGAAGAAGAAGAAGAAGAAGAAGAAGAAGAAGAAGAAGAAGAAGAAGAAGAAGAAGAAGAAGAAGAAGAAGAAGAA